AUGGAGACAGCCAUGAGACAGCCGCUGCCUCGUCUCCGGCUGACGGUGCCCAUGCCUAUAAAGACGGGGAAGGUGGCGAUGUCUCCAGGAGAGGACGGUCUGAUUGGGAUCCCCUUCCCGGAGCAUAGCAACGAACUCUUGUCCCACCUCAAUGACCAGAGGAGGACGGGGCUCCUGUGUGACCUCACCCUCACCUCCCGCGGGGCCCGCUACCCCACGCACCGCUCCGUCAUGGCUGCCGUCAGCCUCUACUUCCGGCGGUUGUUUGGAGCAGAGGAAGGGGGCGGCGAGGGCGGGGGGGGGUUCAGCGUCUGCCAGCUGGACUGCGUCGCACCCGAUGCCUUGGACGCCCUUCUGGAGUUCGCCUACACUGCCACGCUGACCAUCCCCAGCUCGGGGAUGAGAGACGUGCUGCGAGGAGCUCAGCUGCUGGGGAUUCAGUGUGUGGCCGACGCCUGCAGGGACAUCCUGGGAGAGACGGCGGAGGCCGAGGGGGAGACGGCCGAGGAGCAGCGAGUCCAGCAAGCAGUUAGUGAGAGGUUGGUGGAGAGUGCCGUAGCCAAAGGGUCCAGAAGAAAAACGAACAAAAAGAGGUUGAAAAGGGUGGGGCCAGUUCACAUCACCUCGUCACCUCUGAACCCACCGCCCAUCUCUCCUACCUCGCACCCCUCACCUGCGUCUGACUGCCUUCGCUCCCAGCCCUCCACCCAGCCCCCCAGCCCCGAAUCCGAGGAGCUUUACCUCAGAGCUGGCCAGAACGGGGAUCCCAGGGUGGGCCGAGAGCCCGGGAGUGGUGCCACACUAAACGGGGGGCUCCUUCACUGGGCCCAGGAGCGCCCCCGCAUAGCCCACCCGCCCCCUGUCCAGCCCUUGAGUGAGAAGUUGUCGGAGGAGGAUGAGAUGGAGGGUCUGGGCGAUGAUGUCACGCUGAUGGGGAGCAGCUCCACACCUACCUCUGCGGCGGAUGGAGGCGCAGCCUCCUCAAUGGCGGGAGGGGGGAGGAAGAGGAAGUCUCAGACCCCCCAGCAGUGUCCGGUCUGUCAAAAAAUCAUCCACGGAGCUGGAAAACUGCCCCGGCACAUGAGGACUCACACAGGGGAGAAACCUUUCCAGUGCCCUGACUGUGGGGUUCGCUUCACCCGUAACGACAAACUGAAGAUCCACAUGAGGAAGCACACGGGCGAGCGGCCCUACCCCUGCCCCCACUGCCCUGCCCGCUUUCUCCAUUCCUACGACCUAAAAAACCACCUGUCCCUCCACAGCGGGGCGCGGCCCUUCGAGUGCCCGCUCUGCCACAAGGCCUUCGCCCGGGAGGACCACCUCCAGCGCCACCGCAAGGGCCACAGCUGCCUGGAGCUGCGCACCCGCCGGCCCAGGCGGGGGCCCGACCUGCUGGAGGACGUGCGAGGGGACGACGGCCGCAGGGAGCCCGCUUUGCCCAUGCCGGCCCACGCGUCCGUGUUCCACCCGCGCACGGUGCUGGACGGCGGGGUGGGGGCCGGCACUGGCCCGCCGCUUUUGUUUGCAGGCGACAUAGAGCGAGAGCGCUCGCUUGCCUUUCACGCUCUGGCCCAGCUCGGGCCUCAGAGGCUGGCCAACUACCCGGAGCUCUUCCUGCGAGGGCUGGAAAUCCGAAGUGGAUUGGAGGCCGAGGGGGAAGAUCCCGGAAGAACCUGCUCUCCGGCUCUGCAGCGCGGCCGAUGGGCCGACGAAAUGGAAGAGGAAAUGGGAGAGGAGGAAGCAGAAGACGGGGAAUAG